CUCCGCGGCAAUCAUGACGGUGGGAGCCAGGCUCCGGAGCAAGGCGGCGAGCAGCCUCCCGCGCCGCGGGCCGCGAGGGCGAGGGCGUGCGGAGGGGGACGAGGAUUCGAUCGCCAUCGUGGAGCACCUGGAGUGCGAAGACGAGGCGGCGGGGGCUGCGGAGAGCGGGCUGAGCGGGGCGGGCCGGGCCAGCGGGGCGGGGAGGAGGCACCCGGGGACCAGGAGCGCCCGGAGGGUGCACUUCGCAGUCCUGCCCGAGCACUACGAGCCGCUGGAGGAGCCAGCGCCCGGCGACAAGCCCAGGAAGAGGUACCGGCAGAAGCUGAAGAAGUACGGCAAGAACGUCGGGAAGGUCAUCACCAAAGGCUGCCGCUACAUCGUCAUCGGUCUACAAGGAUUCGCCGCGGCCUACUCUGCUCCCUUUGGAGUGGCCACCAGCGUGGUAGCCCUCGUGCGCUGAUGGGAGCUGUGGGCUGGAGCUGCAAGGACGAGUGGAAGCCUCUGCUCUAGGAAUGGUGGGAAUCAGGAGCGUUUCAGACUUGAACUCUCAAAAUACGUGGAAGAGGAAAAAAAUGCCUUUCUUUGUUGAAUCGGAAGAAUGUGAUGAAUGAGUUACCCCUGCCCGUCUGCUAAGCUUUUCACAUUUCUCAGACACGGCUGGAUCCGAUGAUCAGUUCUGCAGAGAAUUAGGCCGAGGUUAGGUUUGGGAUUAGGAUGAGUUUGCCAAAGCCAGAGCCUUCAUGUGGGGGUAGCAGGGGUGUAGAUGCAGGUAAACCCUGCACAGGUUAGAGCAGUGAACGUGGGUAGCAGAGCGUGAAUUUGAGGACUAAGAGAUGUCGACCUGGAGUCACGUGAUUUGCUGCAUUCCCCCCGAAAGGUCAUGGGCUGACAGGGACACUCACAGUCCUGGGCCACCUUGGUUCAGAGGCAGCAAAGGAGCUGUUUAUUUCUGAAGCUGUUCUCUGCCAUCUCCUUCCUCCCCUGCUCUGUCACCAGGAGUUUAAUUACAGGCUUGAGAAGGAAGGAAGAAAAAAAAUCUCUUUGAAGGCUACGGUAUUUUGAAAACUGUGUUGACAGUUGUGUCCCGGCUGCUUAAAGGGAUAAAAGCUUGUCAUUUUCACCCAUCUCUGCAGGAACGUGCCCCUGGCGAUGUGAGAGGGAGGAAGGGCAAGUUCAGAGGCAGGCCGGAUGGCUGGGGCAGGCUGUCUGAGGGCCGUGCCUGCCGCUCUUGUGCCCUGCCGUUGUGUUUGGGGCUGGCCGGAUUCCCCUUGGAAGCGUGUGGCUGGCUGUGGUUGUGGGCAUCAGCUCACUUGACAGCUGCUCAAUGCCUUCUCUAGCCAGGCCGACUGGGGAGCUUUGUGCUGGGACACAGGGACCGAGAGAGGUGACAGCUGGGAAUGAAAGUGGCUGUGGAGAAGGAACUGUAAGUAGGAGACAGGUGUGACGGAUGUAGAAACAAGGCAAGAGGAUGUUGAAGGGAGUAAGAGACUGGUUUGGAAGAUCAGUGCUGAGGGAUUUAGGUGGCCGGGUAGGGCCAGGAGAAAGGGCGGGAGGUGUCAUGGCUGGUGCUUACAAACACUCCGAAGCCCCUGAGCCCACACAGGCUGCACAGUUUGGCCUCAUCUCACCUAGGUUCAAAGGUUAGAGUGGACAUAGGUGGGCCUGACACCCACUGAUGAUGGCCACAGGCUAGCACUGGACACUGGGCAGGAAGUGAAAGAAAGAGAAGGUCCUGCCUACAUUCCCUCUGCCAGCCUGUGAUGGGCCACUGCUCCGACAGAAAAUCUGGAAGUUCAGAGUGGUCUGCAGCACCAGCCUACCUGCUGCCCCGGGGCCUUCCUAGGGCAUGCAGGGGAGGCCUCUAAGGCUUGUGCACCACUGAUCAAGCCCAACCAGGUGGUACUGGGAGGUGGAGAAGGUGGGAAGACAGACAGAUGCAUAGAAAAAGGAAUAGGUGGAGGAGAGUCAGCUCCCCCUGUUGGAGGCUCCUUUUGUUGAUGACCUGGGACCCAGUUUCUGCAUCAUUAACAUUUGUGAUGAAAGGAGAACAAAGGAUCUUGUUUUAGCCCGUGUGGCGAAAGUUGGGAAUGGCACAUUUUCACACAUGAGAGGUAAUUAUAUAGCCUGCCUAGAACAUUGGGAGCCUGGGAGAAGGGGGGAAAGCUGCAAGUGGAAGAGAAAGCAUAGUUAGUGGGAAAGAGGGUGCCCUGGGGGGCUGUUGUCUUAGCACAUAAGGACAAGAAGUUUGGAGAAUGCCUUCUGCAGUGACCUAGCAAUGCUGACGAGCCAACGGACCCAGCAUCCUCAUGACGACGUGGAAGGUGACCCCAGGCUGUGCCAAGACCUGCUUCCCUUUCCUAGGGAUGUGCCUGAGGAAGAGCUUCCUCAUGUCUGUCUCCCAGAAUGGACAAACCGUAAGGUCAAGCACAUGUGGCCCUGAAAUUCUCAGUCUAGUUAAGAAUUGACUCAGAAAUGUCCAAAGUCAAAACCUUACCGGAUUGCCCUGGGAAUCAGGGUCACAUGCCCAGAAGAUAAACUUCCCCUUGUCAUCAGCCUGACCAGCCGCCCCUCAUGACAGCCUCUGUGUGGUUCUUGGACUUGAGAACCUCAAUCUCGGCACAGAUGACCUUUUACCUUUUCUUCCUCCACAAUUUGUUUUUGUGUUGUCGUUGCUAAAAUAUCAGGGCCCGUACCCACUGGUGAUUGACUUUUAGAGCUUUUCCUCUGUGUGUGUGACCAAGAGGCUUCUUUUAUAUUAUUUUUAGCCCUACUGUGUAAAUAAAAUCCCCAGUUUGUGUAAUG